UUCAUCAUGUCGCUCUCUGUGACAUCGUUGGUGCUGCUGAUGGUUUGUGGCACUCAGGCUUCACAUUUUUUAGGCACAGUCAUGACCUACUACCCAAAGGACACUUUUGCAGAUGGAUCUGUCACAGUGACCCUUCGGUAUAAGUUGAACUUCCACGACUGCACAUCUGAUACCACAUGGAGUUGCCUCAGUGGUGACUGUGGGACUGGAACCUACACACUAUAUGUGGUAAAACAAGAGAGCAGUAGAGACUGGUGUCAGAGAGAGGGAAUCAUGACUCGACAGAUUUCCAGUAACGCUCCGUUUGAUCUUUGGUUGAAUAGUGGUAACUGGAUAUCAAACAUCAAUGGCAUUGUAUCAUGGAGAGCUGUGACUCGGGUGGAACUGAGGAACCGCUCCGACACCAGCAAAGCCAACACAUCACCUCAGACCACCAUCCUACCAGCUGUGAGAGUUCCUUCAAACUGUCAGAGAAAUUUCAGCCUGUUGAUGUUUGACCCUGAUGGAGACAAAGUUAAAUGCAGAUAUGGGAACUCCUCACUCUCAGAGUGUAACCCCUGCACUCCACCGUCUGUCCUCAGCCUCUCAUCGUCCUCUUGUACUCUGUCAUUCAGCCCCACCAGCAGCAGUAAUGAAGGUUCGUAUGUAGUACAGCUGGUGAUGGAGGACUUCCCCAGACAGACCAUCACUCUGACUAAAACCGAUGGGACACAAACCACAAUAACUACCAACGAUGCCAUCAGCAAAAUACCGAUUCAGUUUGCUUUGAAAGUUGAUCCUGCAGUGCCAUCCUGCACAGAAGGACUCUUUCUGCCCAAGUUUCUUCCUCCAACACCAGCCAACGGAGCCCAGCUCUACAACAAUGUCAAUCAGACUCUGGAAAUUAACAUCACUGCACAGGCACUUAACUCCACGGUCUCUGAGCUGCUCUACAGCGGUCCGUACAACUUAAUCAACAGUCCAUCAGGACCAGGACAGUUCACCCUGAGAUGGACACCAUCUGAGAGCGAAGGCGGACAAAGCCUCCCCAUUUGUUUUGUUGUCCAGGCAGUUUCUGGGUCAGUCUCCUGUUUCAUAUAAAUGACUCUGUAGAAAGUUAUAGCAGCUCUGAAAUUCCUGAAAUGAAAAAUUUUCAAAGUCACAUUUUAACUUGUUGCUGAAAAGGUUUCUUGUUGUAAGGAUUGUUCU